AUGAAUAACCAAGGAAGUCAGAACGUUGCAACUUGCAAGCCCGUCACUACAUUUGUCCACACUGACACCGACACUUUCAGAGAAGUCGUGCAGCGCUUGACAGGUCCAUCAGAGAGCAAUGCUGCAGCAAUACCAGAAGCAACAGUGAUAAAAACCGCCAUUCAAAGGAAACCCACUUCUAAGCUCCAUGAGAGAAGGCAAUGCAUGAGGCCAAAGCUUGAAAUUGUCAAACCUCCUCUAAGCUUUAAACCCACUGAAGGAGAUAAAGCAGAUCCAGAUAGUUGUACAACAAACAACGAAGAAGAGGAGAGAGCCAUUAAAGAAAGACGCUUUUACUUGCAUCCAUCGCCAAGAUCUAAACCAGGGUAUACAGAGCCAGCGUUGCUUACUUUGUUUCCUUUAACAUCUCCCAAUUCAAGUGGCAGACCAUAAAGCGUGUUCUCUGCCAACUAUCCCAAAGCUCAUGUACAUGUAGCGUUUCAGAACUGUAUCAUUGAAAGAGAAAGACUCUUCACUUGCAUUAUCUUAAUCAAGAUUUGUCUCUGUAACAUUUCUGCAAUGCUUUUUCUUUCUUCAUCGGUUAAAACGCCACAGGCUCUUUCAUCUGAACAAAUAAAGCAUUUAGUACGUCGAACA